GAUUGCUUUUGUUUGAAAGCGAAUACGGUUCCUCAGCGGGGUCCAAACACCAAAUUAGAGCCUCACUUUACACGCUGUACCUUCUUGCAUCAGGUUCUUCAUUCUAGCUCGGUCAGUGUGAACAGACAUGUCUCAUCGUAAAUUCCACGCGCCACGCCACGGACACCUGGGCUUUCUUCGCAAGCGCAGCAAGAAGCACAGGGGCAGAGUGCGAACGUGGCCGAAAGAUGACCCCAGCCAACCCGUGCAUCUCACUGCCUUCCUGGGCUACAAGGCAGGCAUGACCCACACCUUAAGAGAGGUGCACCGUGUUGGCCUCAAGCAAUCAAAGCGAGAGCAAGUGGAGGCAGUUACCAUUAUUGAGACCCCCCCGCUCAUAGUGGUGGGACUGGUGGGCUACAUCGACACCGUAUGGGGCUUGCGUGCCCUGAAGACCAUCUUCGCUGAGCAUCUGAGUGACGAGUGCAAGCGCAGAUUCUACAAAAACUGGCACAAGAGCAGUAAGAAGGCUUUCACUAAAUCCUGUAAAAAGUGGCAGGAUGAGAGCGGAAAGAAAGAACUGGACAAGGAUUUUGCUCGGAUGAAGAAGUAUUGUUCAGUCAUUCGGGUUAUUGUUCACUCUCAGAUGCGAUUGCUGCCCAUAAAGCAGAAGAAGGCUCACAUCAUGGAGGUGCAGUUAAACGGCGGGAGCAUCUCGGACAAGGUCGAUUGGGCGAGGGAGAGACUGGAGCAAGCUGUGCCCGUCUCAUCCGUCUUCCACCAGAAUGACAUGAUUGACAUCAUCGGGGUUACAAAGGGUCAUGGCUUUAAAGGUGUGACAAGUCGCUGGCACACGAAGAAGCUCCCGAGGAAGACCCAUAAAGGUCUACGGAAGGUGGCGUGCAUCGGAGCGUGGCAUCCUGCUCGUGUAGGCUUCACCAUAGCUCGAGCUGGUCAGAAGGGCUACCAUCAUCGUACUGAGAUCAACAAGAAGAUCUAUCGGAUUGGGAAAGGUGUUCACAUCCAUGAGGGAAAGGUGAUCGGGAAUAACGCCUCCACUAGCUACGACACCAGUGAGAAGACCAUUACCCCCAUGGGAGGCUUCCCGCAUUAUGGUGAUGUAAAUAAUGAUUAUGUUAUGGUGAAAGGCUGCGUGGUCGGCGCCAAGAAACGUGUCCUUACCCUCAGGAAGUCUUUGCAUGUGCAAACGUCCCGCAAGUGGACGGAAGCCAUCGAGCUCAAGUUCAUUGACACCACGUCCAAGUUUGGUCACGGUCGCUUCCAGACUGCGCUGGAGAAAAGAGCAUUUAUGGGCCCACAAAAAAAGGACAUCCUGAAGACGAUGCCACAGCCACUGGCAGAGGAGACUUAAAUGGGGCUUUUUUUUUUAAGAGACAAAGCAAAACGUUCACGGAGUAAAGUGUUUCUCACUAAAAAGAGCUUUUUCAGGAAAUGUUGGAAAUAUUGAAAUAUUGGAAAAAAGUAGGGAUGUCUGAUAUUGGCUUUUUUGCCGAAAACCAAUAUGCCAAUAAUGUCCAACUCGUAGUUUCCGAAACCGAUAUCACAGUUAAUUAUUGGUUUUCAUGAUCGGGGGAAAAAAUCACUGAUAUUGCAUUUUUAUGCUGAUAAAAAAAAGGCAUCAAUACAUAUUCAAUGUUUUUUGCAUUGUAUUUUAAAUUACUGUGGCAAAA